AUGUCAUCCAACAUCAAACGAGAAUCAGACAUGGAGGCUAGCGGCCUGAAGAGAAGUCACGAUGAUUUCUCCGGUGACGAGGUCACCAUUGAGGAUCGUGGCUUGCAGAACGGCGUCAAACAUCAGGCCACCGAGGCCGUUGUCCAACCCAGCAAAGCUGGGUCUCCCGCCCGCCAGAUGCCUACCCGCGAUAUAUCGCCAGCCCCCAGUAGCCCGAGCUCACUGACCGAUGCCGGCACCCUCACACCAGAGCGCGGCUCGCCCUCACCCGACCUCACACCUAGCAAGAGCACGACUCCCCUCAAGCAGACCACAACAAGUGCCAAUCCCGCUUCAUCAUCAAAGACACCUGCCUCAACAACCCAACCCACCAAACGGAAGCGCCGGACCGCAGCCGAAAAGGAGGCCGAAGAGAAGGAAAAGGCACAGAAGAAGAAGGAGCGUGAAGAAAAGAAAGAAGCCAAACAGGCCGAAAAGGCAAAAGCCGACGCUGAAAGACAAGUCAAACAGGCCGAAAAGGCAAAAGCCGACGCCGAAAAACAAGCCAAACAAGAUGAGAAGCGCCGUAAGAAGGAGGAGGAAGAACGCAAAGCCCAACAGGAAAAGGAGAAGAAGGAGCGUGCCCAGCCGAAGCUCAUGUCCUUUUUUAAGGCACCCGCCACGCCCAAGAAGGAUACAUUGGUGCCUAUCAUCAAGUCAGGGAGCCCUUCCAAAUCCGCACUUACGCCAGACGCCAAAUCUCCCGCAGCCAAGAAGGAGGAGCUAUCAGAAUAUGAGAAGCGGUUCAAGCCGUUCUUUGUGCAAAGCAGUGUUCGCCUGGCCAAGAGCCCCUUCGAGAUGGACGACGAGGCGCACGAGGCCAAGACGAGGAUAUUGGGAGAGUACUUUGAUGGAAAGAGAAAGUCAACCCAAGCGGGCGGCUUUGAUGCUAUCGAGGUUUUCCAGCUUCCUGGUCGUCCUGCUCCGCGAGGCAGAAUCUACCCGCCAGUGCGGUUCAGCGUUGAAAAGAUGCGAAAGCUCACACAAGAAGCAAACAGCGAAGACGACAAGAAGGCGAUUGUAAAGGAUAUUGCAGAUGCGCUGAGGAAGGUCCCUACAAAGUCGCUCAAGUUCUAUCAGGAUGUGCGGCCUCCUUACAGGGGUACCGUCACCCUCAGACCCUAUCAAGCAGGCAAAUCUGGCAUGCGACGCCUCGCCCGAAACCCCAUCCGCCGCGACCAACUCCCCGUAAACUAUGACCACGACUCGGAAGCCGAAUGGGAAAGUGAAGGCGAGGACGUCGAUAUCGACGAUGAUGACGAUGAGGAUCUCGAUGCCGACGGCGAAGACAUGGACGAGUUCCUCGACGACUCGGAGGACAACGGCCCUGCUCGGUUCGUGAGUGCCAACGGCCUCGAACCGGAGAGCACCGGCCUCUGCUGGGAGGAUCGCACACGCAAAGGUCCUAACCGCACCGUGUACGAGCACAGGAUGGAAUUCAUUCUGGGUAAGCUAUAUCCCGUCUCCCGCUCAUAUAGCAGCGUUAACACAUGUUUUGAAGAGAGCCUCGAACACCACCACAGUAUCGAUCCCUUCUCGACGGAAUACUGGGAACCCGAACCGAAGCCCAAGCCUGUCGGUCGUCCACCUAAAGACAAGACUGCCAAGGCUCAAGCGAUUAAGGACAAGACGGUUAAGACCCAAGCGGCAAAGGAUAAGCCUGCUACAGACUCGAAGCCGGCCGAUGCCUUCAAAGCAAUCACCUGCGGCAGUACAAAGAACAGCGUGCAGUCGCUGCCGAAGAAAAUCUUGGAGAACAACAAUCUCCAGGAGCUCAAGAAGGUUAUCGAGGCGAAUCCCAAGAUCGCCAAGGGUGGCCUGGUCGAUCUCUCGUACGUUGCACUUGCUCACGCCAAGAUUUCCCGCAACGACCUGAAGGAGGCCAUCGCCAUGAUUGCCGAAAAGGUCGGCGGUAAAGGGCUUGCCGGCUCCUGGGCUAUCAAGUCAGGUUUCGACGUUUGA